AUGUCUGCUGGAGCAUUUAUUUCAAUUUUCAUUUUAAUUAUAAUAACUGAUCUAGUAAUGCUUUUACUAUUUCUCUUGGCAUUUGUAGAAUCAACGUUGCUCUCUUCAGUAACCGUUUUCAGACACGGUGCAAGAUCUCCUGUAAAUCGCUUCAGCUGAGACACAGGCUACUGGCCACGUGGGCUUGGAGAGCUCACACUUGAAGGGAUGAUUCAAGAAUACAAUCUUGGCCUAAAGCUAAAAGACCGUUACCUCAGCUCAGGCUGCGAAUUUGAUAUAAAUAAUAUAUCCAAAGAAAUUUAUGUCAGAUCAUCUGACUCAAAAAGAGCAAUAAUGAGCGCUCAAUUUUUCAUGAUGGGAUUUUUAUCAAGUGAAUCCUUGUAUCCUGAAGUAUUAAACUUAUUUAAAAUCAAUGAAAGCAUUUACUAUUAUAAAAAAAUAAACUAUUAUUAUUUUCAUUAUAAGCAGUAUAUUUGAAAGUCUUGCUUUUCCCUCUAAGUAUGUAUUAGGAGAUGAAAAAUUUAAUUUAUAUGUUAUUGAGUUACCAAAUACCCAUACAAAAGUCAAAGUUUAUUCCAUAAAAAAGAAGCUGGAUCAUAUGCUUGUAGGGUGAAGCUCAAAAGUAUGCCCAAGGCUUAAAGAAAUAUUUUAUGAGGUUUGGCAAACUGAAGAAUAUAAGCAAAAAGUACUUGAAUACAAUUUAGGCACAAAGCUUGAAAUGAGAGACUCUUUUGAUACUGACGUGUCACUUGAAAAGUCUUGGGAAUAUGCAGAUACAAUACAGUGUGAGCUGUUUCAUGGCUAUGAAUUAUACAUUAUUUACUUAAAUAUUCCAUCAUCAUUAGGGCCAAUUUUUAAAAAUAUAAUAUUAGCCAAUCUUACUAAUUAGGCUUACCCAAAAAUACAAAUUAUGAUUUGUAUUGAAAAAUCCAUGGACUUCAUAAUUAUACAAAUUCCUAUGCUUUUAAUAAAGAAGGUGCAAGCUUGGUAUCAUCAAAAUUUUUCAAAGAACUUUUGGAGAAGUUUAAUUGGAAAAUAAACAAUGAUUUCCGAGAAAAAUUCGGGUUCUACUUCGCUCAUGAUGCAACGCUGGUUGGCUUUUUAAAAUUUUUGAAUAUAUGGGAUGGAAAUAAUCCAGAUUUUGGCGCUUAUAUUACAUUUGAACUUCAUCAAGAAAAUAAUGAGAAUUAUGUGAAAAUUUUAUAUAAUGAUGUUCACGUUAAACUUCAAGAGUGCAAAGAGGAUUGUCUGUGGGAAGAUUUUCAAAAAAUUGUUGCAGAGAAGCUAACUUUAGAUUUAAAUAAAGCUUGCAGUCUGAAAUACGAUUUUAAUGUUGAAGAAACAAGUGUAUUCAAGAGCAGCGAUAGAGAAAUAGACUAA